CAUGGUUCUCGAUGCACACAGGAAGUAGUCUUUGCAUCUACCUCCUUGAUUUAUCCCUCCAAUCUCUGCCAAACCAACUCGAAAUCCCGUGGAUGCAAGAGCUGCAUAUUCACUUCCAACCUCAAUGCAAAAACCACCUACAACUUCCACCUCCCCCCCAACACCACCACCCUUCCUACCCCUCAAGUCCCCUGUCUCAAUCUGAAGAGGAGGAGCAGCAGGGGGGGUGCGGAGGAGAAUAGAGGGAAAGAGAUUGAUGAAGAACCUUUUUGA